UACCAAUACAAAAUAAGCAAAGGCGGGAAGGGUAGAUUGAAAGUGUUAUCAUUCUUUGGGGGUAUUGUAUUUUGUGUGAAUUGUAAACAAAGCGGGUUCGUCGUUGGAACAACGAAAAUUCAGCUUAAUUAUUCUUGAGAUCGUGUGUGUAAAUCUAAUGUUCUUGUUGAGAAAGCUGCCUGGGACAGUAUAUGAAGUGUCAGUUACAGCAGAUAUUUUGCUAUGAAAUGCGUAAACAGAUAGCGAAGUAUUUAUUUUUUUAAAAGAAAGAUAGGGGACACAUGACUGAUACUUAAUGGUUUGUUGAUCCUGUAUGUGAGUUUGUCAACGAGUUUUGUAGGUGCAGUGCACCUUUGUUGUGAAAUGCUGUGUGUUUCAGAGUUUCAGGAUAUGAUUAGUUUUUUGUGAGACUCUCACUUGUUGGUAGUACAAUUUGAAAAGUAGCCUAUUCGUAUUUUGGUUUAUUAUUUUAACCAGAACAAUGAUUGUGGUGUGAUCCGUUACGUAUACGUGGAAUGAAAUUUAUUAACUGACAGUACAUAAAAUUUAAUAAAUACCCCGUACUAGACUAGCAUUGACAGACAUCAGUGCUUCUUAAGAUUUGAGGGCAUGAACACAGGAGACGUCAAAAGAAUAACUGAACAAGUACGAACUGUGACUGUCUUAUUCUCACUGCAUUUAUGAUAACAGAGGAAAGCAACUCACAGAAUGACAGCUGCUAAAUUGCCUGUUGAAUUGUCUGGACUAGAGCAGCUAGACAGGCUCCUUCGGUGUGGAAUAUGCUAUGAAUAUUUAAGUACAGCAUUGAUGACGGGGUGUUCUCACAACUAUUGUUCAUUAUGCAUCAGAAAAUCUCUUGGGUACAGAACAGAAUGUCCAACAUGUAUGAAGGAAACAUUCGAGUCUCAUCUUCGAUGCAAUAGAAUAUUGGAUGACAUUGUCACUUUGUAUGUUGGGUUUAAAGGUAAACUCUUGCCAAUGCUGCUACAUAACCAUAACAGAUUGACAUUGAAUGAAGUUCCAUUUACUUCAGCAGACGAUGCAGAUGAUAAGCUUGCAAAUAUUAAGCAGCAAGUAAAAUGUACUCCAAGUGAGCGGGAAGCUACAAUAAUAUCUGAAGAGAAACGUAACUGUGAACUAUUUAAUAGAGAAAUUAUAUCAAACCCAACUGUGAAAGAAAUAUCAGAUAAUGACCUAAGAAAUGUUGUAACUCCACAAAAAAUCAUCGUCCCCUCGCAGCUGGCUGUAGGGAGACCAUCGACUUCAAAAUCAUCCAUCAAAAUACCAGCCAUGUUUACCAGCCCCAAGAAAAAUGUACAAAAUAAAGAGCCAGCCUUAAGAAAAGUUACUUGUCCAGUAUGCAGUGUUGACAUCCCAGAAAAGAAUAUAAAUUUCCAUUUGGAUAACUGCUUGAAGCGAGAAGAAGACCAAGUGAAGAUCAGAGAACAACAACAUGAAACUCGGAAGCUACUGAAAAAACCAGUAUUCAGUUUAUUGAAGCAGGCUGACUUGAAAAAGAAAUUGAAAGAGCAUGGAUUAAAUUAUACUGGAACUCGAGAAACACUUAUUAAAAGAUUUGAAAGGUUCAUCCUGUUGUAUAAUACUGAGUGUGAUUCACUGAAACCACGGCCAGUGGCAGAUAUCAUAAGACAAUUAGAACAAGAAGAACAGGAGGAAAAGAAAAUACCAGCUCCACAAAAGAUACUUACAUUUCCAAAAAAUAACGAGAAAUCUGAUGAUAUACGCAGAGAAUAUUUGAAAAAGAACAAAUCAAGUUUUGAAAACUUAAUACAGAUGGCAAAGCAGCGACUGCAACAAGAAAAUCCGGCACAGCUUGCAUCCAGUUCUAACACUGUGAAAGUAUUGGAGGAUGAUGAUCAUGACAGUUUUGGUAACAAUGUCCAGAGAAUGGAGAGUGGUCAAAACAUUCUUCCUAGUAAUGAUGGUGAGAGUAGCAGUACCUCAAGUAUAACAAAUGAAGUGGACAUAAAGAAUAGUUCCAAGAAGUGCUCUAGGAAGCUUCAAUACUCAGAUGAUGAUGACGAUCCUGAAGAGGGUGUCCAAGUUAACUGGAAUUUUCCUUGUACAUCUUUGAUGAAUCAAGCGAGCCAUUCAGCUGAUCAUGCUGCCAAAAAUAGGUGUAAUUUGGUCGGUGACAGUGUGCCUGUCAGUGGAACACCUUACUCAUCAACUGUAAAAACACCACCGCAAUAUGUGAGAAACAGUGAUAUAAAAAAUAGUGGGAAUGACAGUAAUACAGCAAAUGUACAAGCCUCACCUGUGUUUGCAUCACGAUCAUCAGUAAAAAGAGUUAGAAGUGAUUAUUCAGAAGUUCAAGCAUCACCAGAAAUGUUUAUAGAGGAAAUUCAAGAGAGCUGCACUCUGAGAAAUGGUAAUACCAGUGAUGCUGAGAGUGAGAAAAGUAUCAGCUUGUUAGAAUAUGAUGAAGGUGGUACCAGUUUUCCAGAACAAAGGGAAACACCAUGUCAGUUCCCUCAAGAAAUUGUUUCUAAUAAUGUAGAUGUAAAGGGAUCAGAGGAGAUAGAUUUGGGAGGGUCUCCACUCCAUCCAUCAUCUGAGGAAUAUGUUCCUUAUGUUCAUCAAAGAAAAAGCAAGAGACGAAAUUUGCAUGCUGCAGAGCAAGAGAACAUUGAUAGAGUACUUAGAAAAAGAAGCAAACGAUGACAGUGAACGAAAUUGCCACAACAUGUGCUAAUCACUCCAUAAUGUAUAUCAGUGCAUGUAGAUAAGCAUUAGUGAUGCUUUUAAAGAACUGUAAAUAUUGUUUUGUACAGAUUAUGUAUAUUACAGAAAAAAUACUAUAUUUUUCUCAGUUAGGACAUCACAGAUUUGUAAUAAAACUAUAUUAAUGAAAACUUUUUGUAAUUUGUAAUAA